AUGCCCAUCCGAGUGGCUGUCUCUGAUCUCUGGAACGACCGUGUUCUCGACCAAGAGCCUACCUAUUCUACCAGAUCGCGAGCCAUGGCGGAAGUUCAGUUUUCAACCCUCGGUUGGUUCUACAUUGGACUGACGGCGGCCAUCACCGUGCUCCUGUUAUGGGGCAUGGUGUUCCUGCACCGUCACCGCCGCCUCCCGUUCCUGCAGAUUCGUAGGCUCCCGGUCGUGUUCGCCGCCGUCAUCAACCUCCAUCUCUAUGCCGCCGUCUGCAUGACCGGCUACACCAUCGGCCCCGUGGUGCCCUGCGAUGCUCAGUUCUGGGUCAUGAGCAUCUACCUCCCGCUGGGCAUGGCACUCCUGCAGGCUGCCAACAGUCAGUUCUUGUACGUGGCCAGCCAGCAGCGCAAGUUUGCCCGGUUCAACAACCUGGAGGACUAUACCACGUUCGAGAAAUGCCGCCCCGUCGACACUUCAUUGCCGUGGUGGAAGCAGCAGAUCGACAGAGUCAAGCGGAUGGACAAGAUGACACGGGUUCUGGUCUACAUCGGGAUUGGUAUGACUAUUGAGCUAAUUCUUACCCUCAUUGUGUACUUUGGAAGCGAGAUGUUCCACCCCGGCUACGGAUUCUUCAACGUCAAGGUGCCAGGCACCGAACAGCAGCGAGCAACACUGUGUUUCCAAGGAUGGGAGUGGUGGUUGUCGAUUGCCUGGCAAUUCUUCUGGGCUUGGAUCUACGCCCCUUACAUGCUCUGGAAGACUCGCAACAUCCACGAUACCCACGGCUGGCGCAUCACCACCAUCUGGUGCUGCAUCGCCGGCCUUCCUGCCUCGCCGCUGUGGCUUGCCGGUCUAUAUUCUCCUGCCUUUACUCCUGUAAACAUGAAGAUGAUUCCACCCCAAUGGUUCUCCAUCUCCAUCUUCUUGAUUGAAAUCGCUGUCAUUGGGUUCCCAUGCUUGCAAGUCAUCAAGACACACAACCUCAAGCAGGAGACCCUCGAUGCCAUCGCAGCGUGGGAGAAGCGACAGCAGGGUGGAAAUGUCAACCCGGAGAAGAUCUCGACAAAGAGCUCCGGGUUCACGUCAACCUUGGCCGGAUCUUUCAUCACUGGCAAGAGUGGCAAAUCCAAUGCGUCUAGCACUGCUUCCCGCGACUCGACCCUCACCAUGGCUGCUCUCGAGAACGUACUCAAGAACAACCCGCAGCCGCUCCUAGAGUUUGCCGCCCUCAAGGAUUUCUCCGGAGAGAACAUCAGCUUCCUCUCGCACGUCUCGGACUGGAAACGCUCGUGCGCCCUGUCCAAGGACGAGCCGGGCGACCGCUACGAGCAGUUCAUCAGCGCGGUCCGCAUCUACUCGCACUUCGUCAGCCUGGAAUACUCCGAGUUCCCCGUCAACAUCUCGUCGCGCACGGGCAAGGCGCUGCACCAGACGUUCGACAAGGCGGCGCGCGAGCUCAACUCGCGGCGGACGUCGAACAACGCCUCGGCCACGCCGUUCGGCGACGCGCCCACGGACUCGUCGACGGCGGACCUGCACGCGCAGGGCGGCAUGGAGCUCGAGGACACGCUUGGCAAGGCCAACCUGCAGUCGGUGACGCGUAUGGCGGUGCUCGCGUCGGACGGGCAGAUCGACGCCGUCAUCCCGGCCGGGUUCGGCCCCGAGGCCUUUGACGACGCCGAGAAGGAGAUCAAGUACCUGGUGCUCACCAACACGUGGCCCAAGUUCGUCCAUGCCGGCUUCGAGAGCGCCAGCCAGGCCGAGAAGAAGGACGAGAAGCACAUGCUGGACGGCGUGAGGCAGUACCUCUGUGGUAUCGAGAGGAUAGCCUGA